CGUCUACUGAGCAUUGCGCCGUCAACUUGCGCUAUGUCCGUCAUGCAGAACGACCUGGAGUACAAAAGAGCCAUGACGAAGCGGGUCCUGUGGAAGUUGGACAUCCACGUCUUACCACCCUUGGCACUGCUGUGGUUGGCAAACUUUAUUGACAGGACGAACAUCGGUAACGCAAGAAUCGCGGGGCUUGAGCGGGACACCCACCUACACGGUACCCAAUUCAACACCGCCCUUGCUGUCUUCUAUGUCUCAUAUAUCCUCGUGGAACUUCCGUCAAACUGGGUGCUCAAGCGAUUCAAAGCAAGCCGAUGGCUUCCGUUCCUCGUCGCCCUGUGGGGCACCGUAACGACGCUCAGCGGGCUCGUGCACAACUACAGCGGGUUGAUUGCAAUCCGCUUCUUCCUUGGAUUCUGUGAAGGCGGUCUCCUCCCAGGAAUUAUGCUGUACUUGAGUACACUGUAUGAACGCCACGAACUUCAACAACGAGUCGGCAUAUUUUAUGCGUCAGCAUCCCUCUCUGGCGCAUUCGGAGGUCUUCUUGCGACCGCCAUUAUCAAGAUGGACGGUAUCGGCGGACUGGCUGGAUGGAGAUGGAUCUUCAUCCUUGAAGGCAUCGCCACGGUUCUCAUCGCCCUCACGUCCAUGAUCUUUUUGCCAGCGGAUAUAGGAACUGCCAAGUUCCUCAACCAUGAGGAACGCCAGUUCGCGCUGCGCCGUCUCCAAAUAUCCCAUGGGCCAGCGAUGACCGCGCCACUAUCAGAGCCUUCCCAGCGUAUUACUAGAGCAGAGGCCACUCCGGAGCUCGGGGAGAAGGGUGAGGAUAUCAAGACUGAAGAAGUGCGCACAGAAGAAGCACUCGUUGUCGACCAAGCGGACGAGAAGUUCGAAUGGGGAGAGGUGAUGCGAGGUGUCAAGGAUCCCCAAGUUUGGAUGUCGGCAAUAUCGUAUAUGGGCAUCAUCAUCAGCCUCUACUCAUUCUCUCUGUUCCUACCAACGAUCGUCUCCGGACUGGGCUACUCGGGAGGGGCUGCGCAACUCCAUACCGUACCGCCAUACGUCCCAGCAGUGGUAUUGACAGUAGUUGUUGCGGUUGCGAGUGACCGGCUCAGAUGGCGAGGGCCGUUCAUCCUGAUAUUCCUGCCCAUCAGCAUGGCCGGGUACAUUCUGGCCAUAGCGGCGACGACGAACACCCAGCGUUACGCAGCUGUCUUCCUCAUGGCGGCAGGAAUCUACCCUUGUGGACCCUGCAUCCUGUCUAUCUUGCCGAACAACAGUGCCGGGCACUACAAGAAGGCUACUGCGGUGGCGCUCCAACUUGCUGUCGCGAACUGCGGAGGAUUCGUCGCGACGUUCACCUACGAUUCGUCCCAAGCACCGACAUACAUCCGUGGCCACAGCAUCACGCUUGGAUUCGUCGUCGUGGCAUGGUUGGCGAUGCUGUGCAACGUCUUGUACUGUGUCUGGGAGAACCGCGCCCGCGCCCAAGGUCGCCGACAAGACAACCUGACGAAGUACCAGGAGCUGUGGGAUGCGGGCAAGACGCGCGCCCCGAUCGGAGACAGGCACCCCGAAUUCCGCUUCACACUCUGAGCUCGCUCG